CCGAUUUCGGUGUGAUUUCCGUCGUCUCGGUCAGUCUCUGCGACUCUUCUUCCUUCCCUCACCUCCAAUUGAGCCCAUCUCAGCUUCUCCGUGUUGCCGUUGACCUGUCUCUUGGCUUCUUGAAACCUCCCUUCAAAUUCCCGCCUCCUAUCGUCCCUUUGGCACGAAUUCCUCCUAUCCGAAGUACCCCGCGCAUUGAUCGUCAGUGAAAAUGGAUCUCGUCAACCACCUCGAAGGAAGACUUCUUUUUGCCGUCCCUAAAAAGGGUCGGUUGCAACAAGCCACUUUGGACCUCUUGGCCGGUUGCGACAUCCAGUUCCGUCGCGAAACCCGUCUCGACAUCGCCCUGGUCAAGAACCUCCCCAUCGCUCUGAUCUUCCUCCCCGCCGCCGACAUUCCCACCUUCGUCGGCGAGGGUCGCGUUGAUCUGGGUAUCACCGGUCGCGAUCAGAUCGCCGAGCACGACGCGCAAUUGGCACUCGGUGAGACGUCCCAGGUGGAGGAGAUUCUGGACCUCGGAUUCGGAGGUUGCAAGCUGCAGGUGCAGGUUCCCGAAAAGGGCGACGUCUCGGAGGCCAAGCAACUGGUUGGCCGGAAUGUUGUCACCAGCUUCACGGCUCUGACGGAGGCCUUCUUCGCCGGCCUGGAGAGUGAGGGUGAUGCCAGCAAGCUGGCGCGCGCCGACGGUGGCUACGACAUCCGCACCAAAGUCAAAUACGUGGGCGGCAGUGUCGAGGCUGCCUGCGCCUUGGGUGUGGCCGAUGGAAUUGUGGAUCUUGUCGAAUCCGGCGAAACCAUGAAGGCCGCCGGCCUCAAGGCCAUCGAUACCGUCGUCGAGAGCACCUCCGUCUUGGUGAAGGCUAAGAACACGCAGAACCCUCUUGUGGAUCUGAUCACUUCUCGUAUCCGUGGUGUCAUCACCGCCCAGAAGUACGUCCUUUGCCAGUACAACAUCCCUCGCUCCGAGCUUGCGACUGCGUCCUCCAUCACCCCCGGAAAGCGCGCUCCUACCGUGACCGCCCUCGAGGAGGAGAACUGGGUGGCCGUCAGCUCGAUGGUCGAGAAGAAGAAGAUCGCCACCGUGAUGGACGAGCUGACCAAGGUCGGCGCGUCCGACAUUCUGGUCUUGAACAUUGCCAACUCCAGAACCGGUUAAGAUAUGUGAAGAUCUUUUCUUUUCUUAUUUGGCGGGGUUUUCUUAUCUUCUGAUAAACUUUUCUUUUUCUUAUUGUCCUUUUUUGUCUCUGUUUGGACUUUUUGAUGUUGGCAUAAGGCGUGCUUUUCAUUCUUAUGUGUCGUUUUUCGUAUACUCCGAUAUAUUUCUUUUUUUUUUCUUGGUUCAAAAAUUUCUUUCCUCUUUUCCUUUUGAAGCCUACUUCACGUUGUUCCUUCCUACCUAAUUUUCCAACAGAUACUAUCUAUUUAGAGGCCGCGGGGCAAAAGAAAAGAUAGAUUCGCACGACGAAAUCGAUAUUCAAAAUCAGUCUGUGCUACGAUACAAAUGCAAGAUUUGACUUGAUGUUUAUUUCUAUAUAUUGUGAUUUAUCACUAUGUACAGGAAUCAGAAGAAUAUACAAAA